CCGACAGCGGCGGGUUCAGUUCAGUUAGUAGUCGACUGUUGUUCCGUUCACACAAGCUCUCGUCUCCCUUCCCUGUUUUGCCUACUUUCAAAACGCUUUCGCCUAGUAAAACCAAACAAAAAACGAAACAAAAACCAAAACAAAAAAAACAAAAAAAAACAAGACUGAACUUGAAUUGGGGAAACAAGAUCUAAAUAGAUUUGUCAAAGUUAAAUUUUCGGCCCAUUUGCAGACUUAGUGCAGUGAAGCGGACGGAUCAGUGUCGAACUUUGCCAGUGGUACUCUUUCAUUUUUGAACUCUUGAAUAAUCGUUGUCAUACUUAGCUAUCUUCAUCGACUUGAAACAACUUAGCUUCUGGGUCGGUCGAGAAGUCGAAAGCGAAAUGGUAGCACGUGCGAAUCACAAAUCAUGAACUUGAUAUUCUUAAAAACUAGACGACGCUGAAAGAUAAAGAUAAUCAGUGUCAACGAAAGAUUCGACGUGCUAAUUAGUUUUCGACUAGAGCGGCUACUUCGGAAUCGAAAACGCCGACGCCUCCAUCUGCGCUAAUCAAAACAUUCGACUUGAACUUGAAUUGAACGAGGGCUGAAUUGAGGACCGGAAGGUGGACACAUCCGUUAGGCGUUGUUCUGUGAAAUUCGUAAAAAGCGCACACCAUAUUCGGAUCGGCAAAUCGCGGAGCUGCAAAACAUGGCGCUGAAAAGCUGGGAAAUGAUUCUGCUGGCCGUUUCUCUACUGACAGCCACCAAUACGGUGACGGCCAAAAGCACCAACAGCAACGGAAGCGGGGGCAGCAGCAGCAGCAGCAGCGUCACCGGCGGCGGUGGCAGCAGCGGUUUUCUGCACAUGUUUGCAGCCCAACAAAAUCCUCCCGAUCCGUGCUACGAAGAGAUUCCAAUCGGUCUGGCCAAUCAGGCAGGUGUGGGCGCCGUCGGAGGGGCGACAUCCGGCGCGUCGACGGCCGUUUCCAGCAGCGGCACUAUUUUGCGCUCGCGACGCUGCGUACCGGAUUUCGUCAACGCCGCCUUCGGGAAAGAAGUGGUGGCCACGUCGACGUGCGGCAACCCUCCGUCGCGCCACUGCUACACCAACACGGACGAGAAGGGCGAACUGGCUCGGCUGUGCAGCGUGUGCGACGCGAGCAACGCCCGCCGACGCCACCCCUCCACCUAUCUGACUGAUUUGCACAACGUGAACAACAUGACCUGUUGGCAGUCGGAACCGUUGGUCUCGUCGCCGCCUUCGUCGCCGUCGUCAGCCUCUUCUUCUCAGCCCGUGCUGCCGUCGUCGGGCGGCUCCGUGCUGACCGAGAACAACGUCACGCUGACACUGUCCUUGGGCAAGAAAUACGAGUUAACCUACAUCAGCUUACAGUUUUGUGGCCGUAAGCCAGACAGCCUGGCCAUCUACAAGAGUAUGGACUUCGGCAAGACGUGGCAAGCGUUCCAGUACUACUCGUCGCAGUGCCGCAAACUCUACGGCCGGCCCAACCGCGCCAUCAUCACCAAGUCCAACGAACAGGAGGCUCUCUGCACCGAUGCUCAUUCGCUACUCGAUCCGCUGUCCGGAUCGCGCAUCGCUUUCAGCACGAUGGAGGGCAGGCCUAGCGCUUUCGAUUUCGAGAACAGUCCCGUCCUGCAGGACUGGGUGACGGCCACCGAUGUCCGCGUCGUCUUCCAUCGCUUCUACCCGUACGGAGAGGACAACCAGCGCGGCGGCGGAAGCGCGGACAACAACAACGGGUCGACCGCUGCCGUCUCCGUUCGCGACUAUUCCUUCUACGCGGCGGCGGAUUUCGCCGUUGGCGGACGAUGCAAAUGCAACGGUCACGCCUCGCGCUGCGUCCAGGGACGAGACGGACAUCUCGGCUGCGACUGUCGCCACAACACAGCCGGACGUGAUUGCGAGAAAUGCAAACCGUUUCAUUUCGAUCGGCCGUGGGGACGCGCCACCGCCAAAGACGCCAACGAAUGCAAAGCAUGCAACUGCAACCUGCACGCGCGAAGAUGCAGGUUCAACAUGGAACUCUUCAAACUAUCUGGCCGUAUAAGUGGAGGAGUCUGCCUCAAAUGCCGUCACAACACGGCGGGGAGGUAUUGCCAUUACUGUAAAGAGGGCUACUAUCGAGAUACCGCAAAGCCCAUCACCCAUCGCAAAGCUUGCAAAGAAUGUGAAUGUCAUCCAGUUGGAGCAUCAGGCAGGACUUGCAAUCAAACCACUGGGCAAUGCCCUUGCAAAGAUGGCGUCACCGGAAUCACAUGCAACCGUUGUGCCAAAGGAUACCAACAAAGUCGGUCACCCAUAGCUCCUUGCAUCAGAAUCCCCAAAUCUUCACUAAAUCCAGCACCCUCUUCAAUGGAACCUACCUCUAAUUCUAAUUCAGAGAAUUGCGGCCCUUGUCCAGCGGAUAAUCGACGAUUGAAUCUAAAGAAAUACUGCAAACGCGAUUAUGCAUUGUUGGCGACGAUUACGGCACGCGAGACAGCCGGAGAAUGGGUAAAAUUCACGAUGAAUGUGCAAACAAUUUUCAAGAAAACACGAGACAACCGCAUACGUCGUGGACUUACGUACUUCUGGGUCCGAAUGGCUGAUCUUGCUUGUAAAUGCCCUAAGAUCAAAAUCAACAAAUCUUACUUAAUUUUGGGAGGGUCCGAGGAUAGCAAGUAUGGCCGACCAGGAAUCGAACUCAAUACCAGAUCCAUUGUUAUCGAAUGGAAGGCAGAAUGGAUCAGCCGAAUGAGACGAUUUGAGCGUCGUGCUUCUCGUAAAUGCAAAUGAACACUAUUGUAAGUUAGUAAUAACUAUCGUUUGAUUGGCUGACCAAUUAUUAUUAUUAUUAAAAUUUUUUUUUUUCAUUUUCCAAGAAAUCUUGUGAAAUUUUCCUUUGUUCCAUUAACACAUAUGACUAUAGAUCCGUGUAUAAGUUUUAACGAUUAUCUGUUCUCCUUCUGCAAUUUGUAAUGUUCGUUUAACUCGCCAAACAAAAAGCUUACUCAGUCAAGACGUUAUUGAAAUGCAUCGGCAAGACUAACAAAAUCUUGGCCAAUGAAGUAAAUGGACUAGAAUUUUCAUACAGCGCUGUAAACGAAGCCAAUCCUGUUUCUAAAACGACACGCUCGCUCCAACACUGAAUGCGAUAGCCAGAUUAGCAACUCUGCUCUGGUAUCCGUUGGGAUAGCGCUUCGUGAGACUUCUUUGCACGAACAUAAUUUUUUUGGGUGUUUGUAGCAAGUUCCUACUUUCAAUAUUGUAUUUGUACUUUGUGGUGGUGCAAAAUUUCUGAAAAAUAACAAAAAAAAAAAACAAAAAAAAAAAAAAAAAAAAAAAAAAAAAGCAAAAAACAAAAAAACUUCCGCUUUGAUUUCUACUGAAGCCAUUUCGUUUUUCUCCCACAUUUUUACAAGUUCGAUUAAUUAAAGCGUUUUAAUCAUUCUUUUCAACAGCCCAAACUUGUCCUGUACAUUAAGUUUCACUCCAUUGUAGCAACAUGCUCUACGUUAAAUGUUCGAUGUACAUUAUUUUCUUUUACAUGCUAUGCAUCACAAAAAUCAGUGUUUCAACUAACUUCCACUGUAGUAUUCGUAACGGUAUUUCCAAGUGGCCAGUUCCCAAUUUGUCUCGAUUUAUGUUUGUGAUAACUGUAGUACUAUUAUGUGUCAAUACAAGUACGUCACCUAAA